CUGCAGAGACAACUGUGGAGCCAGCCAGCCAAAAACACGAAUAAAAUAGAUGAAGAUGAAGCUACGAGGAAACUAAGAAGCCAAGCCACCAACACACAAAUUAAGGUUAUAGCUGCCUAGAUCGGAGAAGUCUUCAGUUUCCAAACCCAACAUCGUACGUACGUGUUCAGUGAUCUGUUUGCUGCCGGCAGGCCGGAAUUUUAAUUUCUUCACCUCGUGAUUUUUCAACGAUGGAAGUUUGCCGUAAAGUAAUGGGGACGUGCAAUGCGCUUGGCGACGGCGAAAAGUACAGUUUGAACUUGAAAGAGACAGAACUCUGUCUUGGGUUGCCCGGUGGAGGGGGUGGAGGCGAAGGGGAGGCGUCCGCCGCCGCGAAGAGCGGCGGAAAGAGAGGGUUCUCUGAGACCGUUGAUCUGAAACUCAACCUUCAGCCGUCGGCAAAGGAGUCGUCGGCGGUGAUGGAUCUCGGUGAUCAGAAGAUGAUGAUGAAGUCACCCAAGGAGAAGAACACCGUCGUACUCCCUUGCAUCAAGGAUCCCGCUAAGCCACCCGCCAAGGCGCUGGUUGUGGGUUGGCCGCCGGUGAGAUCAUACAGGAAGAACAUAAUGGCUAAUAAUAAUAAUAAUCAGAAGAGUACAAUGAUGAUGAUGAGUGCUACCACUGAUCAUCAGGAUCAGAAUGAUCACCAGAAGGUAACAGCAGUAGCAGCAGCAGCAGGAGCGUAUGUGAAGGUAUGCAUGGACGGAGCUCCUUAUCUUAGAAAGGUGGACUUGAAGAUGUACAAGAGCUACCAAGAACUCUCUGACGCCUUAGCUAAGAUGUUUAGUUCCUUCACAAUGGAUAAUGAAGGGAAUUAUGGAGGGCAAAGGAUGAUAGAUUUCAUGAAUGAAAGCAAGUUGAUGGACCUUCUGAACAGUUCAGAGUAUGUGCCCACCUAUGAAGAUAAGGAUGGCGACUGGAUGCUUGUGGGUGACGUCCCAUGGGAGAUGUUUGUUGAUUCAUGCAAGCGCUUGCGUAUAAUGAACGGAUCGGAAGCCAUCGGACUUGCUCCUCGAGCCAUAGAGAAAUGCAAGAGCAGAAGCUGAAAAAUCAACCAGUUGACCCUCGAUCCAUGUCGUGCUAUUCUAAGAGACCCUUCUGGCUGGAGAUUGGGAUGAAUGAAGCUGCAAAAAAAUUGUUGUACGUUGUAUGUGUCUGUUUCAUUUGAUAUGUAGUAAAUGGAUAUAUGUAUCAAAGAUCUCUGGACAUUUGUAAUGGACAAAACCCAAUAAGUUGCCUAGCUAGCUAUCUACCUCUUGUCGAUCUGGCUUGUUUAUCCCCAGUUAUUGGCUUGUUUAAUUAAUUAAUUAAAUUGUAAUUGUUGAUUAAUUA